AUGGCUAUAAUGCUGCUCUGCCUUCUACAGCUUGCUGCACCACUCUGUAGUUACUCUAUAACUGUACAUUUCUAUCUUUUUUGGUUAAACACUCCCUGAAGAUGAAAAAGAUAAUGAUAUACAUGCAUCCAUAUUGUACACAUUGAUAUAUGUGUAAAGAUUCCCUUCAUCUUUAUUUUGCCAGCUGGGCAAAAUUUUGUGUAACAUACUUCAUGAUACUUUGGUAUAAGAGUAAGUUCACUACUUUCAUAAUGAACCCAAAUCUAAAGGCUUUUGUAGUGUAUUUUAAAAGGGAAAACUUACCCAAAUGUUUUAUUUCUACACAUUUGUGUGUAUGUGUGUGUGUGUAUGUGUGUAUAAGCCAGUUAGUAUAUAUGUAUAUUAUGUACAUAAAACACUUUAUAUUUUUACAUACAAGUGUGCUUUUAUUAUACAGAUAAUAAAGAUGGGGGAAGGUUUCUGUUUUUUUCUUAAUAGGUGAAGAAAUCUUGAAGACCAGAAAUUGGAUCUUAUUGAAUUUUGGUGUUCUUUUUAUUUUUUCUCUUUCUUUUUUUCUUUUUAAAUUAUAUUGUUCGACUAUGGAAGAUGGAUUUUU